AUGCCUUCCCUCACCACCCCAACAACCACCGCCCCGUCGUCACCAUCAGCAGCAGCAGACGACCUCCUCCCACCCUAUUUCCCGCUCAAAUUACGCAAAUGCAUCGACGUCGCAGACACAUUCUUCGCGUGUUUCGAGAAGGAAUCAUUUCCCAACGGGGAUCCGAAUGUAGCCCGAGAAGCGGUUCGGAAGUGCGCGGUGCCGUUGGAUGCGUACAAGGCGUGUAUGGAGAAGUUUGUGGGGCCGAGGGCGGAGCGGCGGUGA